GUUUUUAGAGAGUUGAAUAGGUUUUUUUGAAUCAGUUGGUGUCUCGUGUUGUAAUCAUUAGUAUCGUUGCAUCCAUUUAACUGUGUAUUUAGAAACUAAUGGAUACCUUACAUACUACAAAAAAUGAUGAGUCAGAUGUUAAUGAUAAAAAUGGCUACCAAAAAAAUGGUCCUGAAGAAAUAAAAAUUCCUGUACCAUGGGGUUAUAUUUAUGGAAAAUUAUGGGGAUCAAGAGACAAACAACCGAUAGUGGCAAUACAUGGCUGGCAGGACAAUGCAGGAAGUUUUGAUAACUUGGUACCAUUAAUAUCGUCAAAUCAACCCGUUCUCAGCAUAGAUCUGCCUGGCCAUGGUUUCUCUUCUCAUCUGCCACGGGGACAAAACUAUUAUUUAUUUUGGGAUGGGGUUGUCAUUCUACGCAAAUGGUGGGGCCCUCGAUGGGUUCAACCAAUAUUGGCACUACAUGGUCGUCAAGAUAACGCAGGCAGUUUUGAUACUUUGAUUCCAUUACUUCCUGAUGAUGUUUCGAUACUUUGCUUGGAUAUGCCUGGACAUGGUUUAUCUUCGCAUUAUCCAAAACUUCAAUACUAUUAUGUUUAUUGGGAUGGUGUCAUAAUACUACGUAAAGUUAUAAAAUAUUUCAAGUGGAAUAAGGUGAAAUUGCUGGGACAUUCAUUGGGUGGAGCAAUAUCAUUCUUGUAUGCUGCAUCUUAUCCUAAAGAAGUUGAUUUCUUGAUUAGUUUGGAUAUAGUUAGUCCUACUGUAAGGGAUGUAACUAAGAGUAUAGAAACAACAGGAGAUCAUAUUGAUAAGUUCUUAAAAUAUGAACAACUUACAUUAGAUAAUACUCCAGUUUAUGAUUAUUCUGAGAUGAUUGACAUAGUUGUAAAUGCUUACAAUGGUUCAAUAGACAGAAAUGGAGCUAAAAUAUUAAUGAAACGUGGCAUACAACCUUCUUAUACUGCUAACAAAUUUUACUUUUCACGUGAUCCAAGAUUGAAGGUUUCUUCGCUAGGUAUGUUGUCCUUAGAUUUGAUACUUGCAUAUGCAUCCAAAAUAAAAUGUGCAUAUCUUAACAUUCGAGCCGUUCCUGGCAUGGAAUUCGAACAACCAGAAAAUUAUCAGAAAGUUCUUGAUCAAAUCAAAUUAAAUUCUAUUAAAUUUCAAUAUCACGAAGUCAACGGCACUCAUCAUGUUCAUUUAAUGAAUCCUGAAAGAGUUGCACCAAUAAUAACGGAUUUUCUACAACAUUAAAUAAAAAUUUCAUAUAUUUUAGAUAAUAUAGAUAUAUAAUUUAGAUACAAUUAAUAAUAUACGAUGAUACCUCGUAAUGGUUGUUUAAUCAGUUAAAGUGUGGCUGAUGAUCUAUGCGCAGAGCGCGCCUCCGGUGUUAGUCGCGAUAAUCAAGCGAUGACGGUUAUAGUCGUCAAACACACAGAAUACAAUGGCGCUGUUAAAAUAUUGGAUAUAGUCAAAAAGAGACAACUUUAUUUU